GAGGAAAGUGGUCACUUCUGGCCGGAGGAGCAGCCGGCUCAGCCUCUCCAUGCCGGGGCCGAGUACCUGAGCGAGGAGGACCCCCCGCGUGACUCGAUGGGCCAAGGCAGGGCAGCAGAAGACGCCGAGGCAGUGCGGGGCCUGCCCAGCCAUGGCGAUCAUGUGGUGAUGCUGUCUGUGAUUCCCGGGGAAGCGGAGGACAAGCUGAGCUCCGAGCCCAGCAGUGGCACCUGUGGCGCUGGAGGAGAGGAGGGCUCCCGGUGCGGUGUCCGGGAGAGCCUCUUCUCCCAGGACAGUGCUGGAGCGAGCUUCCCUGAUCGAGAAGAGGAGUACUACGCGGAGCCAGAAGUGGCGGAGCCUGAGCCCGCCCCCGCCGAGGACUCCAACAGCACUGAAAGCCUGAAAUCCCCGAAGGUGAACUGUGAGGAGAGAAAUGUGACCGGACUAGAAAAUUUCACUCUGAAGAUUUUAAAUAUGUCACAGGACCUUAUGGAUUUUCUAAAUCCAAAUGGUAGUGACUGUACUCUAGUCCUGUUUUAUACCCCGUGGUGCCGAUUCUCUGCCAGUUUGGCCCCUCACUUUAAUUCUCUGCCACGGGCAUUUCCAACUCUUCAUUUUCUGGCUCUGGAUGCAUCUCAGCACAGCAGCCUUUCUACCAGGUUUGGCACUGUAGCUGUUCCUAACAUUUUGCUAUUUCAAGGAGCUAAACCAAUGGCUAGAUUUAAUCAUACAGAUCGAACACUGGAAACACUGAAAAUCUUCAUUUUUAAUCAGACAGGUAUAGAAGCCAAGAAAAAUGUGGUGGUAACUCUAGCUGACCAAAUAGGCCCUCUUCCUAGCACUCUGGUGAAAAGUGUGGACUGGUUGCUUGUAUUUUCCUUAUUCUUUUUAGUUAGUUUUGUUAUGUAUGCUACCAUUCGAACUGAGAGCAUUCGGUGGCUCAUUCCAGGACAAGAGCAGGAACACGUGGAAUAGUGGUGGACUGAAAGAAGAAGCUAGAAAGAGGAAUUUCAGUUCUUCAUUUCAGAAAUUAGUGCUACAAUUUUAUAUCUUUUCUCCAGUAAAGUGUUGACUUACAACUUCAGUCAGAUGAAAAGAAUCAUGCAUUUGUUGAACUAUUGAAUGUAUUAAAAAAAUUAUAAAUUGGUGUUUUAGCUAGUAUUGCAAUAAGCAAAUGCAAAAAUAUUCAAUGGAAUGCACUGUUCUCGUUCUUACUAUUUGAACAUAAUCGAAUAUUUGAAGAGUAAUCCAGUUUGAAAUGUGAAGACAUAUUCUGGUACAAAAGUGAGAAAAAUGUCAACAUGCUUACGAUACAGAAGGCAAAAAUAGGACUUUCAGUUUAUAGUUGGAGAAAACUCUUGACUCCUUAAAUAUGCUCAAGAAGGUUUGUUUUCUGUUUGUUUGCAAUUUCUCUUCCAGAGUCUACAGCAGAAAGUGUUCUGUUAUGAGAAGAGGAAUUAGAAUUGAUUAAUGUGACCCCAUAAGUAGCAAUUAUUGGGAAAUAAAAGUGUCAAAUCUUGGUGUUUGUGAUUUCCACAUUCACUGAAAAAAUCUGAAGUGGUUUAAGUUUUUUUCUGGGCAAGGCAGAUGUUAGGAGAAAGUAGAUGCUAUAACUAAAGCUCAUUUAUUAUCAGCUCUGUGCUAAAGUAUAAAUUUCAUUCAUAGCUAUUUAACCAGCAUGGAUUAAUUGACACUUCGAAUGUCCCUAGAACUGUGGUAGGUUCUUGCCCAAGUUGAUUUUAGUCAGGACAGACUUAGUAAAGAGACAUGUACUUUAUACAAACUUUUUCAAAAGUAGAUUCUAAAAUAACCUCAAAUUUAGAUGUAAGGCAGCUAGCUGAUUACCCAGUGAUAAAUUACUUUUAUACUUAUUGUUUCUAGUGUUUUAGAAUAGUUUAUUUCACAAGGUACCUAAAUUCUGUAGAAAUAAAACCUCAGACAAGUCUCCUUCUCAGUGUUAUGCUGAAUGGGAGUUUGUAACUUUAUGUCAAUAGCUAUGCUUGGGGUGGUCACUGGCAGGAGGGAACCGUGACUCAGAAUGGCACUAUUAUUUCCAUUUUACAGAUGAGCAAGCUGAAGUAUAGAGAGGUUAAAUAACUUGCCUAGGUUGCAUAGGUAGUGAGUUGAUGAAGCUGGGACUUGAACCUUCACAUGUACGUAUAUACCUGUAAUUACAAACAUAAGAAAAAAUAAAAGACUCUAGUGAUUCCA